AUGACAGGACCAAGGACCGAACCCCGAGGAACUCCGUAUUUUAGAGAUUUCAGUGAUGUACCCAAAUUUGAAUGGAUUUGUGCUUUUGUAUUAUUUCUGAGUAAAAAUGUUAAUUUUUCUUCUCUUUUUUUUUUGUAUUUUAGAUUUGAAUUGCCGUACAACAUUUGGUGUGGUGGAUGUGGAAACCACGUUGGGAUGGGAGUUCGCUACAAUGCUGAAAAGUCAAAAGUUGGAAACUACUACAGUACACCGAUCUACAAAUUUCGGAUGAAGUGCCAUUUGUGUGACAAUUACUUUGAGAUACAGACAGACCCUCAGAAUCAUGAUUAUGUCAUCCUGUGUGGAGCCAGAAGAAAAGAACAGCGAUGGGAUCCACAUGCCAAUGGACAGAUUGUUCCAGAAGACAAAGCCACACAGAAGAAGAUGGCGACAGACGCCAUGUACAAACUGGAACACGGCUCUGAUGACAAGCAGAAGGGCUCCGACAAAGUGGCCAGUCUGGCACAGCUAGAGGAGAGCCGCAUCUCCAUGGUAGAUGACUACAUCCUGAAUCGCAUGGCACGCGACAAGUUUAGGGCUGAGAAAAAGGUGCUGAAAGAGGCUGCUGAAGCAGAUAAGGCAAUCCUUGAGAGAGCUGCCCUUGACAUAGAACUGGUGGAGGAGACAGAGGAGGAUAGGAAGGUGGCGGGCUUGCUCAAGUACACAGCCACCUCUUCCUUUGAAGACAAACAGAAGGAGAAGAGGAAAAACAUUGAGAUGCGACCCCUGUUUGAGCAAUCUAAAUCUGCCUCUGCCACUGCAAAGUCUUCCUCAACUUCUUUGGAUGCUCUGCCCUACCAAAGACACACCGCCCCCAGCUUGAGUCGGAGAGGAGAGCUGAAGCAAAAACUGGGCUGGGCUCUGAAAGCAUCCUACAAAGACCCGUUCAAACCAUUAAAUGUGAAGAGCAAGAACAGUACUGGAGCUCAGAGCUCUUUACAGUCCCCCAGAUCCUUACUGGGUAUUAGACUGAAAUCUUGUGGAAGCACACCCAAAGCCACAGAGUCUGUGAGAAAACUAGGAAGUGGCUGUGAAACUCGUGAUGAUAGUGUUGAUAGUGACACGUGUUCUGAGUCUACGAGUAACAAGGUUGUUGGAGACACUGAAGUGAAGGGAGAGACUGAAAAUGAUUCCGUACAUUCAGAGGAUCACAGUGCAAAUUUGGACGCCCCCACCCAAAAUUCGCAUAGUGCAGUUUCUGAUCUGUCAAAGGAAUCGUCGGUUGAGGAUCAGCAUGGCAGGUUGCUGCACUCUGAGUCCCAGAGAGAAAGCAGCAGUUCUGACAGCAUCAUCCAACCUUUGUGCUUUUCUACUGACACUCAGACUGAGCAGGCUAGUUCUCUUGCAGAAAGUUCUAUGGACAAAACAGAAUUAUCUGUGGGACCAGCGGAGACUGAUGAUGAUAAAAGAAGUGUUGAGUUUCUUGCACCAGUGGAGGUGGGGAGUCCUGGUCACAGGAAUACCAGCCAGAACAACAGUGGGUUGUUGGCUUUGAUGUCUUCUUACACAGAGAGUGACUCGGACACUGAUGGUUCUUAGCAGUUUGAAACAGUAACUAGGUGGGUGGUUAAAGUUAAAGGGAAAGACUAUUAACUGAUUCCGUCCAUUCGGCCGCUGACAGCGGCUCUGAGUUUUUCCGCUGCCUCCAUUCGACUGCUGUGAGUGGCUCAACGAAAUCCGAAACAAAGGUGCACUUUUUAACAUAGUUCCUACUUUUUAAGUUGUCGAAAGGAAUUAGA